AUGUGCCGCGACGAUUCGAUGACGUCGACGCCGCGAUCAGAAGCGUCGGAGUGUCGCACGGUGUACACCCCGAACGAGCUGCUGCAGCUGUGCGACGCGUGGGCCGCGCCAUGGGAGGAUCGCCGCCCUCAAAGCCAAUCAGCAUCACCAGCGCCACGUGCCUCCAACUCUUCAUCGCAACCCGGAAGGAUCUCCGCAUCGCCCGGGCGCGGAAGCGGAGGUAUUACUCCGCAACCGAACGCUUCCCCCGGUCUUCUCCCCCCGCACUCCCCCAUGGUGUUGCGCGAGUGGGAGGAAUUUUUGUUUGUUAAGAAUGCUUCCCCCUCCCCCACCGCUACCUUCCGCCGAUCCCGCCUUGGCGCGGGAUCGGGGGAGAGCGCCAGUGGCGGUGUGGAAAGCGUAAGCGGAUUCCAGCUGGACUCGGGCUCCGCGAACAACGGCGGGAUUGGCGGAGACGAUGCGAACAGGGAUCCCGCGUUGCGAAACAUUCGCCUGCCGAUUCACAAGGUCGUUCGCAGCAGCUGGCCGCGAUAUCGCCUGCGACGUCGCGACCAUUUCGGCGUCGCCAUGGAGGGCGUCGCAGAGGGCGAUGAGAACGAAUACGACGACGACUCGUCGCCGUCGUCGCCUGCUGUCGCAGGGCUGCCUGAACGAAGCGAGAGCGAUCCUUCUGCGACAGGCACGCCAGGACUAGAACAAGCCGCGACGGCGGCGGUUACCAUCUAUUCCGAAGCUGCGAUUGGCUCGCAACCAUCCCACGUGGCAAAAACUGGAACCUUAUCCGUUAGUCAGCGACUCGCAGCGGCGGGCAGUUCCGCAACCGCUGGUGACCCUAGGCCCGCGUCGCGCCGCCUGUCCGGGCAGAUGCGGCUCGGGGACGGAGCCGGGGGAAAAUCCGGGUUAAUCGACGGUUCUGCAGCCGAUCGGCGUGGAGAAAACGCACUUGCGGGUGAUUCGUGUGAUAGUAACGGAGGUUUUGUGACUAUGGCGGAAGGGAUGAUGGCGGGAGGAAACGCGGGGAAAUUGUUUCAACUUCUGGAGCAAGUGGAUAAGCACGGGGAUUAUUUCCGUGGUGACGUGGAGGACCCUGAUUUGACGAGCAGCGUUGAGCUGGACGAGGAGGCGACGGAUGACGAACCAGGGUUUCUCGCGCGGACUGACGUGGCGCGGCUCGUAACGGACGGCACGGAUACGCAGUACCUGCCGCGGCUGAACAAGUACUUCCCCUUCGGCGCGUUCACCAUCUUCAUUAUGAUGCAGGCGCUGGUGGCGGUGGUCGACUCGCCCACCGACAAGCGCGCCAUGACUGCCACGUCACUCGCCAUCUGCUUCGCCGUCGCGACGGUCUGCCCUUUCAUCAAGCGCACGGGGCACACGGCGCUCGUUCCGCGCAACAGUUGGAAGUGGCCGCUAGCAGUGCGGGUGGGAUCCUCCAACCUCUUCAUUCACGCGGACGCUCAAACCCUCGCCCACGCCGUCACCAAAGCCAUCGCCUUCGUGCCUCUGGGAAUCUGCAACGACACUGCUGCCAGCAUUCUCUUUCCAGCAUGCAUGGCUGCUGUUGCUGGUGCUAACCACUCCUCUCCUGAACCUCCCUCUCCCUCCCCUCUCCCUCCUCUCCCUCCCCCCCGUCCCUCCCCUCUCCCUCCCCUGUCCCUCCCCUCUCCCUCCCCUGUCCCUCCCCUCUCCCUCCCCUGUCCCUCCCCUCUCCCUCCCCUGACCCUCCCUCUCCCUCCCCUGACCCUCCCCUCUCCCUCCCCUGACCCUCCCUCUCCCUCCCCUGUCCCUCCCCUCUCCCUCCCCUGUCCCUCCCCUCUCCCUCCCCUGUCCCUCCCCUCUCCCUCCCUGUCCCCUCCCCUCCCCUCCCCUGUCCCUCCCCUCUCUCCCUCCCCUGACCCUCCCUCUCCCCUCCCCUGA